AUGGCGAGCACGUCGGCGGAGAUCAUCGCCUUCCUGCUGACCAUCUCGGGAUGGGUGCUGGUGUCCUCCACGCUGCCCACCGACUACUGGAAGGUGUCCACCAUCGAUGGCACGGUCAUCACCACCGCCACCUUUUGGGCCAACCUCUGGAAGACCUGCGUGACCGACUCCACCGGCGUCUCCAACUGCAAGGACUUCCCAUCCAUGCUGGCGCUGGACGGUUACAUCCAGGCCUGCAGAGGAUUGAUGAUCUCCGCUGUCUGCCUGGGCUUCUUCGGUGCCGUUUUUGGACUGGUUGGGAUGAAAUGUACAAAAGUUGGAGGCUCUGAUCAGACUAAAGCAAAAAUAGCUUGUUUAGCUGGACUGAUUUUCAUACUCUCUGGGUUGUGCUCUAUGACUAGUUGUUCCCUGUAUGCAAACAGGAUUACGUCUGAGUUCUUUGACCCUUCUUUUGUUGCACAAAAGUAUGAAUUAGGAGCAGCUUUGUUCAUUGGAUGGGCUGGAGCAUCACUCUGCAUAAUUGGUGGCAUUAUAUUCUGCUUCUCAAUAGCUGAAAACAGUAAUUCUGCAAGGAGGGGCUAUGCCUAUAAUGGAGCCACAUCUGUGAUGUCUUCUCGUACAAAGGUGCACAACAGCGUCCCUGACAAAAGCCCACCCAAGCACUUUGACAAGAACGCCUACGUUUAGUUGCACUGUUGGAAGACUCAAAACGUUUUUAAACGUGAUUUUGUACGUUUCAUUCACAGUGAUUCCCCCCACCCCAAGCCCUAUGUACUUACCACUAAGACAAUGACUUUUAAAAAUAUUAACUUGCAGCUUUUUACAUAUCGAUGUAAAUUUUAUUAUAUAAUAUUUUAAGAUUGAUGUUGGUAUUGUAAAGUUUAUACCUGGAAAUCAUGAGCUGAUGUUGCAUUCUUGAAAAAAAAUAAACAAUGUA